AGAGAGGUUGAUAUGUUACAGGUAGAUAACGUGAGAGAGGUAAAGUGCUGGAGGUAUAGAGUGUCACCUAAAGGACCAAGAGAUAGCAAGUGGGGGCAGGGGUGCAGGAACUCAAUCCCAGAAGCCAAGACAACAGCUGAAGAUAAAAACCUCCUCACCUGAACGCACCAAGAGAGAGAUAAAGGACAGGAGCAUGGUGAAACACUGAGUAAAAAAACUUGAGGAAAUACAAGGACAGAGAGGAGGAAAUACAAGGACAGAGAGGAGGAAGUAGAAGAACAUUUGAGUUGUUGUUUUUCCUCAAAUUACUUUAUUUGUUCUCCUUUAAUUUACCUGGAACAAAGGAAAGACUUUUACUUCAUCAACACAGCCAAAUUUUAAACCAUUUUUAAAAUCUUGUGUAGCUGACUUUGUGAGGAAUUUUAACACAUAAAACACAACAAGAACUUCUGCAGAAGUGAGGAGAGCAGGGAAGAGGCAAGAGAGAGGGUAAGGGAGGGGGAGGGAGAGUGAGGGAGAGAGAGAGAGUGUAUGUGAGCCUGUGACACUGAGAUGUUCAUGAUCAUUCGGGAGCCGUCCGCCGGAGGCGGUGCUGCAGCGAUGAGCGCGCCACAGGAGAGGAGUGCAAAACAGCCCCCCACCCCCUCUCAGGUGCAGGCCGCCAUCAAGAAGAAGAUGGAGAAGCAGAAGAAGCGAACCAAUGAGCAGAGAGGUAGCGUUGGAGAGGUUAAAACUGCUACGCCUCAGCCUCCUCGCCACCAGAAAUUCGGUCAGUUCCCCCAGACGACAGCGGCGGCCGCUGAGGACAGAAAGUCCCUAGAAGAGGAGCUGGAGGAGAUGAUGGAGGGACCACAGGGGACAGAGAGGCAGAAAGAGGAGGACGGGGAGCCUGUCGACCUGCUGCCCAUCGUGGACUCUGUGUUUGGACAGGACCGAGAGCUGAGACCAGAGGAGAUUGACGAGCUCCGCGAGGCGUUUGUGGAGUUUGAUAAGAACAAAAAAGGCUACAUCAGUCACAACGACCUGGGGGAGUGUAUGAGGACCAUGGGAUACAUGCCGACAGAGAUGGAGCUCAUCGAACUGAGCCAGCAGAUCUGUGGAGGUAAAGUGGACUUUGAGGACUUUGUGGAGCUGAUGGGACCCAAGUUGCUGGCAGAGACAGCAGACAUGAUCGGAGUCAAAGAACUUCGAGAUGCAUUCAAAGAGUUUGACUCUAAUGGUGAUGGCCAGAUCAGUUUAAUUGAGCUACGUGAAGCCAUGAAGAAGCUGAUGGGAGAACAAGUGACCAACAAAGAGAUUAACGAGAUCCUCCAAGAUGUCGACCUCAACGGAGACGGUCAGGUGGACUUUGAGGAGUUUGUUCGAAUGAUGUCCCGCUGAGCCGCCCACAUGUCGGAUGGACAGACAGACUUUAUGCAACUGCUGGAUUAGAGAACACACCAUAGUGUACGUCCUUCAUCUGCUCUUGUGAGCACACAUCCAAAAUUGUAUUUUUAUAUUGAAUACUGAAAAAA